AUGGCAGCACUUAAUCAAGCGCUCGUGUUGGCCCUCGAAAGCAAUCCAAAGGAGUCGUACGUGGUGGCGGCGGAAACACUUUUGCGUCUGCUGGACAACAUUAUACGCGAGCCGCAAAACGCCAAGUACCGAACAGUGCGAAUAGACAAUCCAUCGAUCAGGGAGAAGCUGCUGUCGGCGGAUGGUAUGAAGCAGUUGAUGUUAGCUAUCGGGUUUAUCGAAUCAAACGGAACGCUCACAGUACCGUCGAAUGUGCUGCUAGCAAAUCUGCGAAGGUACCGCGAAUUUAUACACGAACGAAAAGAGUUGAUCAAAAAUCCUCCAAAGGAGAAGGACAUCAACGGCAGCAUUACAUGCUCCCGCAACAUCACUGCUACAACCACCAACAACAUUCCACUGGAACAAACGGCAACCAAAAGUAAACCUGAAAUGGUCUUACAACCGUCCGGGAGUAAUGCCACCGGACGGCAGCAACAAACAGAAGCUUCUUGCGUGGUUAAGUCUAGUCGACCGUUUCUGGCACGGAUUGAAUUCCCGAAAGUGGUACAGGGUAAUAAUACGUUGCUACGCCAGCUUGAGCUGCUAUCCGAUCAGGUGAUGCAAUACGAAGACGAGCUGCUUUUAGCUAGCGGCAAAAGCCUAAUCCCGAUCGAUACACUUACGACAAAGGCAAAAAGUAAACUAACCCAGUGGAAACGAUUGCUAGCAUCAAACGAAGUUACUGACCAGAAGGAACCGAGUGAAGAGGAUCUCCUUCUCGAGGAGUUGACCGCCUGGUUUCGGGCGGACUUUUUCACCUGGGUAAAUGCCCUGCCCUGUACGGUGUGUGGCAACGAGAAGACACAGCUAGUUCGCAGCACCGUCGAGGAUGGGGUACGUGUGGAAAUUUAUCGAUGCUGCGGACAAUUACGUCACUUUUAUCGCUACAACGAUGUGGAAAAGUUGCUUCAAACCCGUCGUGGCCGCUGUGGCGAAUGGGCCAACUGUUUUACAUUCCUGUGUCGCUGCCUUGGGUACGAUGCACGGUACGUAUUUUCCACCGGUGAUCACGUCUGGACGGAGGUUUGGUCCGAACGAAGACAGCGGUGGAUCCACGUGGAUCCGUGUGAAAAUGUGCUCGAUGCACCGCUUAUGUACGAGCAUGGUUGGAGAAAGGAAAUUACGUACGUGUUCGCAUUUACUCGCGAUGAUGUACAGGAUGUUAGCUGCCGCUAUUCGAAUAACCAUAAGCAACUGUUGCAGCGAAGAAGGGAAUCGGGUGCGUGUAGUGAGCAGGCGCUUCUAGACGCUAUCGGCAAGUUGAGGACGAAACGACGAGCCGGAUUGAGCUGCACCCCCGAAAGGGUGACACUUUUGCGGAAACGCACGAUUGACGAAUGUCUGGAGCUACUAGGGAAUGGUGGUAGAGUGCCAACAGCGGCAGAACGCGAGGGUCGUAGCUCGGGAAGUCUCGAGUGGCGGUUACAACGGGGCGAACAGCAAAUCAAUACACGGUACAUGUUCAUUCCAACAGAAGAAGAGGUCCAGGCAAAACAGUUCAACAUUCGUUAUUGCUGUGCAACGGAUUGCUAUGAGCGAUUUUUAAAAGGUGCUAGCAACCGGGUAAACGAAAAGAUUACGGAGAAAUCAAACGGCUGGGAGAGUCGGCAGUACAUUAGUCGCAACAUCUUCCGAAAAGAGGAACACGAUUGGAAAAUGGUUUAUCUGGCUAGGACUGAGGGAACCGACGAGGCAACGAUCGAGUGGAACUUUGACUUUUCCGUACAAGGACUGCGUGUGAAACAAAUUGAACUAAGAUUCGGUCAAGAAACGUAUGAUGGAGCAAAGGUGGAGCUAUACUAUAUCAAAAGUGAUGGUACCCAAUCGCAGGCUCUCUCUUCACUCUGUGAAUGUGGGAAGUUCACGCUGCAAGCACGCCUUUCUGGGGGCAAAUCGUGGCAGCACGCGCAACUUUUUCGACAAUCCAAAUCGGCUAGCGACGAGUAUCCGUUCGAGAUGAACAUCGUUUUAAUGUAG